UGUUAACAAAUAUAUAAUUUCCCCCCCUAAAUACAGUAUUCGUAUUUUUCGUCGCACAAUUCUUGUAUUUUGUUAAACCGUGUUUCGACGGUGGUCAAAUAUUUUUUUAUUGAAUUAAUAUUGCAGGAACGUGACCUUCAGGAAGUGGUGAAGCUCACCCUCUCUGACAGGCGACACCGAGAAAAAACUCAAGAUGGCAGGUCUGUCAUUAUACUUUGAAGAUGGCCAUGACGAUAUGGACGACUUUGGGUUUGACGAUUAUGGUUCAGACUGCGAUGGAAUCCGGAUCACUGCCUUUCUUGAUGCGGGCCAGGACAACCUCACCCCACUGGGACGGCUUGAGAAGUACGCCUUCAGCGAGAAUGUUUUCAACAGGCAGAUCGUGGCGCGUGGCCUGCUGGAUGUGCUGAGGGAGUUCAGUGACAACGAGAAUGACUUUGUCAGUGUCAUGGAAACGGUCGCCCGGAUGUCUGAGGAUGGAGAGCCCACAGUGCGGGCAGAGCUGAUGGAGCAGGUGCCCAACAUCGCCAUGUUCCUGCACGAGAAUCGGCCCAACUUCCCGGCAGCCUUCUCUCGGUACCUAGUCCCCAUCGUUGUCCGGUACCUGACAGACCCCAACAACCAGGUGCGGAAAACCAGCCAGGCUGCACUGCUAGUGCUGCUGGAGCAGGGACUCAUCAGCAAGGCUGACAUGGAGAACAAGGUGUGCCCAGUGCUGCUGGACCUCACGGACCCCAGCAGCGACGACGACUACAAGAUCGAGGCCGUGGCGAUCAUGUGCAAGCUGGUGACCAUGUUGAGCAGGGACACAGUGGAGCACCUGCUCCUCCUGCGCUUCUGUGAGCUCUGCAGUGACGUCCGCCUCUUCCAAGUGCGCAAGGUGUGUGCAGCAAAUUUUGGGGAGUUUUGCUCUAUCGUGGGCCAGGAUGCCACAGAGAAAGUUCUGAUGCCAAAGUUCUUUGAUCUGUGCUCCGAUAGCCUGUGGGGGAUUCGAAAGGCAUGCGCUGAGUGCUUCAUGAUCGUCUCCAACUCCACCUCCCCCGAGGUCCGGCGGACCAAGCUGUCUCCACUGUUCAUCAGCCUUAUCAGUGACCAGUCCCGUUGGGUGAGACAGGCAGCCUUCCAGUCUCUCGGCCGCUUCAUAUCUACGUUCGCCAACCCCUCCAGCACCGUGCUGCACUUCAGAGAAGACGGGACACCACGUGAGACCGUCCGAUGUUCCUCUGACAGGUGUGAUCGCCCAGCUUGCGGUGGUUCUACAGGGAGCGGUUUUGACUUGGGUGAAUGCCAAAUAGAGCCAGCACUACACGCACCUUCAGGAUCAAAGUGUCCCAGCACACUAGAACUAUGUAAAAAAACUGAUCAGGAGUCUGUCCUUGGCUGCAAAGGGACUGGAACCAGUAUUUUGGAGGCUCUGGAGAAGGACUGUCCCACCACUACCCAGGCUGGCGACAAAGAACCCCAGCUGAUAGAGGACACAUAUAGCUCCUUUCACUACUGGAGGUCUCCUUUGCCUGACAUCAGCCAGGACUUGGAACUCCUUCAGAUUGAGGAGGUAGCAGCCAGGGAGGUCCCCAUUCUGGAUUCCCAGGGCCCUGCCACCAGCUCUCAGAUCCAGAAAGUUCUGGACUGCUUACAGCCCCACUUGGAUGACCCAGAUGUGCAAGCCCAGGUGCAGGUGCUGUCUGCUGCGCUGAAGGCGGCCCAGCUGGAGAGUCACAGCGAGGAGGCUGAUCAGGAUGAGGUCCUGUAUGAAAGUAGAGAGAUCCCAGUGCUGGACCCCCAGACUCCGCCACCCUCUGUGCCCCUGUCUGUCCAACCCGAUCCUGAGGAAGACCAACCCGUGUUACCAACCAAGCCACUUGAUUCCCCGCAGUCUGCUCCAGAGUCUUUUCAGCUUAAGGACCCCGAGGCAGGCAAUGAGGAAACUGCAGAGCUGAUUAAAACUGAACAGGAAGGACAGGACUCCUCCCCAAAUAAGCUGUGUGACGAGGAGAAAUCCAAGGUCCAGAACGUGAUUCCCCAGCAGCUCCUAGACCAGUACCUCUCGAUGACCGACCCGACCCGGGCGCAGACCGUGGACACGGAGAUCGCCAAGCACUGUGCCUUCAGUCUGCCCGGUGUGGCCCUCACACUCGGCCGGCAGAACUGGCACUGCCUGAAGGACACAUACGAGACCCUGGCCACGGAUGUUCAGUGGAAGGUGCGCAGAACACUGGCCUUCUCUAUCCAUGAGCUAGCCGUCAUUUUAGGAGACCAGCUGACGGCCGCGGAUCUGGUGCCCAUCUUCAAUGGCUUCCUGAAGGACCUGGACGAGGUGCGCAUCGGCGUCCUCAAGCACCUCUACGACUUCCUGAAGCUGCUUCACGCAGACAAGCGCAGAGAGUAUCUCUACCAGCUCCAGGAGUUCAUGGUGACGGACAACAGCCGCAACUGGAGGUUCCGAUACGAACUGGCCGAACAGCUGAUCCUCAUCAUUGAGCUGUACAGUCACUACGACGUAUACGACUAUCUUCGACAGAUAGCGCUCACGCUCUGCUCGGACAAGGUCUCCGAGGUUAGGUGGAUCUCCUACAAACUGGUGGUGGAGAUCUUGCAGAAGUUGUACGCCAGUGGAGACCAUGAGCUGGGCCUCAACUUUAUCAACCAGCUUAUCGUCAAGUUCUGUCAUUGUCCCAAGUGGGUGGGACGCCAAGCCUUCGCGUUCAUCUGUCAGGCAAUCGUGGAGGAGGACUGCAUGCCUAUGGAUCAGUUUGCCCAGCACCUGCUCCCAAGUCUGCUGAGCCUGUCAUCGGACCCCGUGGCUAAUGUUCGUGUCUUGGUGGCCAAAGCUCUCCGGCAGAGCAUACUGGAAAAAGCAUACUUCAAAGAGCCUGGCAGUGCCCAUUCGGAUGAGCUGGAGGAGACGGUGCUGUCCCUGCAGGCGGACAAAGACCGCGACGUGCGCUUCUUCGCCAGCCUGAGUCCCAGCAGGAAUCUGGCAGACACGGCCGCCUUAAUCUGAGACGGACCUCUCCCCGGCAGCCAGUUCACCAGCACCAGAGCACGGGGGCACACAGACACACACACAUUUGUUAUUCGAGUACAGGAAAUGGGAUGUAGGCGAGUAUCGCUGUUCCGGGCCCCCGCUGAGUUUGCGAGAGACUAGUGCUGCAUGCAGCUGUCAGAAACACAAGGGGGCCCCCGCAGCCCCUGAAGAGCAGCUCCACCCCCCCAAGACUCUGAGAUUCUGUGGACACAAACUUGUGCAAUACAGCAGGUCUGUUCUCCAAAGCUUAUUGUAUAUUGUUUCUUGUUUAUAUAGAUUAUUUCAAUAAUUUUACCCUUGUAUUUCUAAGAAAAAAAAAAUGGACAAAGAUGUCUUGCGGAUGUGUAUUAACUCAGGGGGAAUGAUUUUUACCGAUGUAAAGUAACACACCAUUAAAUGGCACUGGGCCCAGGUGACAUUUCUAACUGGCACUGAUUAUUAGCAGUUUCCCACCCUUCCUUGAGCUCAUAUGGACCUUUUCGUUUGUUGUUACCACACGGUCUCUCCUUGGAUUCAUGGGAAUCGGUAACCAGAGCAGCUUGGCACAGGGGAUGCUGGCUCUCUCACUGCAAAUCAUUUGUGACAUUUUUUAAGACGUUAACUGGGAACUCUGGCCCCGACUUCUAUGUAUGUUUUUUUUUUUUCUUCAUUUCCUUCUGGUGUGUUAAUUUCGUUAUACAAUUUGCGAAACCAUGACUUUCUUUCAUCAGUAUAACUCUACCUGCAUGAGUGCAGCUCACCCCCAAAUAGGGGGAUGUGAUGAGGGGGGCACAACAUUAAAUCUGAGUCGGCGGUGUUGGGCCAUCCUUGGGUGUUUCGUUUGAACAAGCACAUCCAAAUUUUGGCACAUGCAACCAUUACUUGUAAUGACUAAAUUCAUAGGAAAUAUCUAUUGAAUCAGGGCUUUCAGUCUGUCGACCGAACCACGUUUUGUUUGCAUUUUGUUUGAGUACAUCUGAAGUCCAUGUAAAUGCUCUGGGUUUUCCCCCAUCCUGCCAAUACCUCUGUUGAACUUUUUCCGCACAUUGUUUGAAAAUGUCAGACGUUUUGCCUGUUUGAAAUAGGCAUUGUAGUGGGGAGGGUCCAGGCCAGUUAGUACGUUGACCGGGGGUGUGUAGUUUUGAAGACUAAUUUGUCUUCACCCCCCAUGAAUGUUGUGUUUUGUUUUCUUACAUACUGUAUAUGCAGACCAAGGCAGAAACAUGGUCUUAAGUGUUUAAAUGUUUGUCUCUAGCUGAGCCAACCAAGCUCAGUGCAGUGUGCCCCCUUGUCAUGUUUAAUGUUGCUGUAGAACGAUUUUAUGCAUUGUUUUAUGAGUUUUUUUUUUUCCAAUGUACCUUGUUUAAAUAUUUUAUAUCCUCUUUUCCAUUUACAAACUUUGUAAUUGUUUUCUCUUAAAAGAUGUUUUUAUGUAUUUUAGUACAGUAUCUUAGAAUUAUAAAAUUGGAAUUUAAUUUUUUAAGUGAGUUUUUCAAAUUGUGUAGAGAGUGGAGACAAUAUGCACAAAAUUAAUUAUUUGAAAAGCAGCUGGUUCAAGAUCAAUAGUAGAAUGGACUCAAAAUCACUUUUCUCCAUUAAAUGGUUUUCUUUUCAAAUUU